CGCGGCCAAUGGGAGGGGGCGCCUCGCGCGGGGGGCGGUGGGCAGUUCGCGGCGCGGUUUGACCGCGCGCGGCCGCCGUCGGCGCCGCCAUGGAGGCGGAUGGAGCCUACGAGCCGGGCUUCGUGGGGAUCCGGUUCUGCCAGGAGUGCAACAACAUGCUAUACCCUAAGGAGGACAAGGAGAACCGGAUCCUGCUCUAUGCUUGCCGCAACUGCGAUUACCAGCAAGAAGCUGACAACAGCUGCAUCUACGUCAACAAGAUCACCCACGAAGUGGAUGAGCUCACGCAGAUCAUUGCUGAUGUCUCCCAGGACCCCACGCUGCCCCGCACUGAGGACCAUCCAUGCCAGAAGUGCGGGCACAAGGAGGCAGUCUUCUUCCAGUCACACAGUGCCAGAGCUGAGGAUGCCAUGAGGCUCUACUAUGUCUGCACCGCCCCACACUGCGGCCACCGCUGGACUGAGUGACAGUGCCCAGAGAUGAUCCCAAACCCCAAAAUCACCACAGAUCAUGAUUGCUGCCCCAAAACAGCCCAUAUGCCCCCCAACCCUGUGUCUGUCCCUGCCAUACCCACUGGGGUGGCAUUUCUGUGUCAAUAAAGUUUAUUUUUGCCAGUGG